GUUUUAUCUAGACGAUAAUACUGGGAGAGUACAACUAAAAUUUUACUUUGACCCCCACCCUAGUUAGCAACACAGCAGUAGACAGUCACAUGAUGAUGGGUGUGUGUGCGUCUCUGUGAAUAUAUCAAUAUAUGAAGUAUCUAUUUCUUUAAUAACUACAAAUUAAUAUAAUUUCUUUGUAAAAUAUAUUGAUUAUCACAUACAUACUUAGUGUAAAGAAGAAGAUUCUACUCAAAUUAAAAAAAUGGCUCAAAUGCGAAAUAUAUUAGGAACCACUUUUGUGAUUACUGCUUCUAUUACAAUCACAAUUUUAGUGUUAUAUCAUGUAUUUACUGGUAAAGGUGAACGUGUCAGCAUUGCAUGGUUUCUGGAAGGUACAUCACCAUAUAUGUGGGCUACUUUAGGUAUUGGAUUUGCAGUUGCGUUAUCUGUUGUUGGUGCAGCAUUAGGCAUCCAUACAACAGGAGUAUCUAUUAUUGGUGGUGGUGUAAAAGCACCUAGAAUAAAGACCAAAAAUUUAAUUUCUGUGAUAUUUUGUGAAGCAGUAGCUAUUUAUGGUUUGAUUACUGCCAUUGUAUUAUCUGGCAUGCUUGAAGAAUUUACUUACGAAAAAGUUAAUUCACCCGAGAAUUCUGACGUGAAAAGUCAGAAUUGGAUGGCAGGUUAUUUGAUGUUUGGAGCAGGAUUUGCAGUAGGUCUUGUUAAUCUAUUUUGCGGCAUAGCUGUAGGUAUUGUUGGUUCUGGUGCAGCAUUAUCUGAUGCAGCAAACUCUGCACUUUUUGUUAAGAUUCUUAUAGUUGAAAUAUUUGGAUCAGCUAUAGGUCUUUUUGGAUUAAUUGUGGGUAUUUAUAUGACAUCAAAAGUGAAAAUGGGGAACAAGGCAUAAAUGCAUUUAUUAAAACAAUGCCUGAAAUAAUACAUUAUGAUUCAUCAUGUUUCAUUCCAUAUUUUAUCAUUAUUGGGUAAAUAAAUAUAGAAAAACAGACUUCUUUAAUAUUAUCAAUAGAUACCAAAAUGUUUCAUAGAUGAUGCACAUAAAAUAUAACUUCGUAUAACAUAGACAUAAGACAAACUUUUUGGACUUAUUUGUGGACAAACAUUUGAAUGUUUGACAACUUCCUGUGUAUU